AUGAACCCAGUGAAUGCCACCACUCUGUACAUCACAGCAAGCCGACUGGUGCUGAACUACGACUCUGGGGACCCGCAAGCUUCAGCUGAGAUCUGCAAGAUGUUGCCUUUCUUCAGACAGGCCUUGGCCUGUUGUGCUUGCGGAAAUUUGCUUGAAGAUCCUAUAGCUCCAAUCAAUUCUACUUGCCAGCAUUAUGUUUGCAAGCAGUGCAAAGGAAAAAAGAUGAUGAUGAAGCCCUCCUGCAGCUGGUGUAAGGACUAUGAUCAGUUUGAGGAGAACAAGCAGUUGGGCAUCCUGGUGAGCUGCUAUAAAAAACUAUGUGAGUAUAUCACUCAUACUCCUCUGGCACAAGACUUAUUAAAUACUUUGGAGUGCUCCGCCGACAUCUCUGCAUUUCUUCCUGAAGAACCUGUGGAAGAACCUGCACCUGAAGAAGACCAUGCUAACCCCUCAGAACCACCUUCACCACUGUGUCCUUCUCAUUCCCCCUUACCUUCCAAUUCAGAACUGAUUAUAGAGACUGAAGCCAAUGUCUGUCACAUCACUCAAGAUACACCAGAACUAGAGACAAAGUGCUCAAUUACUAAUGGUUUACCAAACUGCAAUGGAUUAUCUGAAACUGAACUUGCUGUAAAUAUUCCCUCUCCUGAGAGUCCUAGCCCCAUUGACCUUUGUUGCACAGCUGUUGAUAUUAAAACAGAAGAUUUAUCAGGAAGCUUGGAGACUGUCUGUGACCCAGUUUCUACUAGUGAGCUUUGUGCUGCUGGACUUGAUAUAUGUAGUUAUAAUGAUGACCUGAAAAGUGGUGACCCAUUGUUACUUAGCGUCGAGGAAGUUCUUCAGAGCUUAGAGACAGUUUCCAGUGCAGAGGUUACUGACUGUGACCUACAGCAUGGUCUGGACACUUCGGUAUCAAAUGGCACUUUCCUGGAUAUCUGUCCUCAGCCUCUCACACACACUGUUUUUUAUUGUCUGACAGUCAUGUUCCAUCACAUGGCGUGUCUUGUACAGCUGCAACCCUAAAAAUGGUGAAAACAAACCGUAAGCGUUCACGCUCAGAAAGCGACAGCGAAAAGGUUCUGCCACUUCCAAUCUCCAGCAUCAUACUUGGACCAGCGUUGGGUACCCCGACUCCUUUUCUACUGACUCGGGAAAACAGGAACUUUUUGCAGCCCAUAGUCACUGUCCCAAAUGGGGGUAGCUCAUCUAAAAUCAGCAAGACCAUUCUUCUUUCAAAUAAAACCAUAAAGAAGAACCCAGAGCACAUGCAUAAGAAAACGCAUCCAAAAACCAAACCCCCGUUACUAAAAACAAAAGACAAGGUUAAGGAGAAGAUCCCCAGCAAUAAUUUGAUUCCUGGGAGCCCAACAAAAACUGUGUAUAAGAAACCGCCAGAGAAGAAAGGUUGUAAAUGUGGACGUGCUACUCAAAAUCCAAGUGUUCUAACAUGCCGAGGCCAGCGCUGUCCUUGCUACUCAAAUCGCAAGGCUUGUCUUGACUGUAUUUGCCGUGGCUGCCAAAACUCUUACAUGGCAAACGAGAGAGAAGAAGUUAGAGGCGUUUGCAGUGCCAGAGAAGGCUUUAGAGCAGACCCGGCUUACUUUGGGCAUUAAUGUGACAAGCAUUGCAGUGCGGAAUGCCAGCACAAGCGCAAGUGUCAUUAAUGUUGCGGGAUCUCCCGUAGCAACAUUUUUAGCUGCCAGUCCUCAUGAUGACAAAAGCUUAGAUGAAGCUAUAGACUUGAGAUUUGACUGUUAA